AUGGUCAAAUUUCAGGGAUUGAACAGAAACCGAAAGUCUCCCAUUACGGGUGAGCGAAAGGAGGAGCUAGAGGCACUGCGAAAAAAUAAUGUACCUAGGUACCUCUUUCGCGCCUGGCAUCUCGGCAGUGGAGGCGCACCGGGAGCUACUCUCAACACGAUAAACACAAUCAUGCCGCAUGUAUUCAUGCCCAGAGCUCAUCCUGAAUACGAGAAAGAGCGGCCCAGCUUUUACCAAAUGCCAGAAAACCAACUACAUCGCAUGGCUACCGGCCAUUAUGACGGCAAAACUGAUGUAAUAUCCGGAUUCAGUUCCUGGGCUGCGUCGCUACACCUGGUGCUCUGCUAUGCCAUGUUUCUCAAAAAGCGCAGUCAUGAUGAAGUGCAUGUAGCUGUGAUGGACACGCAUGAUCUUUCAGAUGAAGUGCUUGUGUGGCACGUUCCACAUCUCAUCGGAGAGGCCAAUCAUGAGUAUCUCGCUUUUGGCCGCAUCAUGGGGAACGGCUAUCACGCCGUCAAAUUCUACGACCUGGAACAGCAUGGGAUACUGAAUCUUCUACCGGAGACCAGAAACUGUUUGUGUGAGAGAUUUGGUUCUUCAAUCCGACAAACCAUGUUCACAAGAUCGGCAGUAGAUAUCGGGGAAGCGGAUCUGGAUAGUUUCCGAGUGAUCGGAUCGCUCUUCGGCAAGCUUUCAUUCCCGGUCAUUACCGCGUUAGCCAGUCUUCGACCUAGACAUUGGCGGGCCUGUCGGAAGGCAGGAGGACAUGGACCGUGGUGGCGGGAUAACAAGGACAUUAUUGCCAAGUUUGCACGAGAAUUGAGGAUGGCUCAUGCUCCGACAGGGUUGCGCGAAGAGCCAUGGCUUGCAUUUGGCAUGGUAGACACAAAAGACUUCCCGGAUGUCGAGCAAUGGAUCGAUCUGAUGUCCAUGUUCGCAGAGCUUCUUUCCGAGCAACAUCAGCUCCCAUCACAGGCACAGCACCGACAGAUCGCCGGCAUUCGACCACAUUUGCUAGAAGAGACGGCGGCCAUGUCCCCAGAACACCCCGAAACAGCAAAUCCAGGAGGGAAACGGAAGAGAAAGGUAGUUACGGAUCAGCCGCCAGCAAAGCGGACGUUGCGGGGCCACCCCGAUAUGCCUCCAUACGUGCCAGAAGAGACAGCAGCCAUGCUCCCAGGAAAGGACGAAGCAGCCACUGCAGGAGAGAAACGAAAGAAAAAGGGAGGUGAAGAUCUGCCACCAGCAAAGCGCGCGCUACGGGACCGCGGAGACCUCAUCUACACAGAGUGUCGAGGAGGAAAAUGUGGCAAAUGUAUGACAUGUCGGCCUGCGCGGUAG